UCAUACCAUUUUUGGCUUUCUUUUUAGAGUUUUCAGAGCAUAGUUUAGUAUAGUUAACUCUUCUUGUAUGUUAGUUUAAAUUUUUUCUCCCAGAGUUUUUGGUUGGGCGUGCGGUUUUGGGUUGAGUGUUAAAUGUUUUGAUUGAUUGCAGCAUUUGCUUUGGGCUGAUCAUGGGCUGAUGUGCGGGAGAGCUGUCCUUUUCGCGACUGUGAUUGAGGUUCUGGCCAAUCUGGGGGACAUCCCUUUGGCUUUCUCCUCCACUCAAGGCCAAUGCUCUGUAGCGAUGUAGGUGAGUGCUCGUCUUCCAUCUUGUAGAGAAGAGAAUUCGACCAGUAGGUUUGAGCUUCAAGGUGGCAGAUCUCGCCACCAAGGUAUGACAGUAUCUCAGGGCGAACAGUCGCGAAGUUCUCAUCCAGGAGCGCUCGUGAGGCUGAUCCAGCGUGCAGUGAGACAUAACUGCCAGAUUCUAGUGAGGGUCAACACGAUCGACAUAUUCGUGCAGGUACGAAGUUGCUUCAGGUCGGGAAUUGUGGAUUUGGAUUUUAGAUUUCCUUGCUGAGUCUGCGUGAAAUGGAAUUGUCGUGUGUGGGUUUGGCAGACGUGAGUCAUAACGAUGAAGUGUCGGCAGCCACAUUGGUGUCUUGGCCGCUAUGAAAUCAUUGCUGUCAGCACAAGGAAGUUGAUGAAUAAGGGCUUGAGGUUUUGAAAAUUUGGACUUCAAUUGUUGGGAUUGGAAAUCCUGUAAUCCAAAUUUUCAUUGAAUUCAGUUUAGAUUCAAGAAGUGCGUGAUUUUAGAUUUAAAGUACAACCUAACCGCCAGAAGCGUGUAAAUGUGCAUUGCUACUCUCAGUCUUCAGCUAAUGAAAAGAGGCCGUUUGGACUUAUUCUGAUUAUCUUGAUGCAAAAUGAUAUCAUGAUGUUUUAUUCAUUCUAUAAUUCGAUUCAUAUGUUUGUGCCGUGAUCUGGUAACAAGCCCAGAUAUAUGGAACUCAUAUUUGGAGAACGUAUUUUGCCUUAGUACAUGUGGCGUCUUCAUUGAUACAUGGAUUGAUCGUGCUUUUUAAUGAGGAAGGAGUUGGAACUUGUUGCAAGCAUUGUUUUGGAGGGUCUCAGUGGGCGUGAGAAUAUUAGCGAAGGCAAGUAGUCACUUGUAAACGGAUAUGGUGCGGAAAACCCUAGAAGCAGAGGUGCGGGGCGAGUGUGGCAUUUCACACCCCCCCAAGGAUUUAAAACCUCCGAAACCCGCAGAAGCAGAUGUUUUAGGGAUUCCAGGUCUUUUGCAUCAGACUUCCGGAGGUUCAAAGCCUAAGAAGGCUUUCAAGCUUGUUGGGCAGACUAAGUUACCAGACAUGGGACUUGACGUGUUAAAGAAGACGCGUAAGCGUGGAAAUUCUGACGGAGCAACGACAAUACCAUCACCUGCUCAGUUCUUUGAAGACACGUUGCAGAAGAAAGUGGUGGGAGAAACCAGGGCUGAAACAAUUAGCCUCCUCUCUGCUAGCUUAGACAAUUUCUGCCCGGAUUUAGUGCAGAAAAAUCUUCUACUAUCAGAAUUGGGAGCAAUAAAACCGGCACCUGUUAACACCUUUCAGUAUCACGUUCUUGCAGUGGAUGAUAGCAGUAUUGACCAAAGAGUCAUAGAAAGACUUCUCAAGACAUCGUCAUACAGAGUCACAACAGUCAACAGUGCUGUGAGGGCCUUGGACGUCUUGGGACUUUCAGAAAGCCGCUCCGCCUCUUCCACGAGGCUGGAUAUCAAUCUAAUAAUGACGGAUUAUUGCAUGCCAGAGAUGACUGGUUAUGAUCUACUCAAACGAGUGAAGGCGCAGACUUCAGCAUUGAAGGAAAUACCUGUUGUUCUUAUGUCUUCAGAAAAUGAUAGCAAUCGCAUCGAAAGAUGCCUAGCAGAAGGUGCUGAAGAAUUUAUUAUUAAGCCAGUAAAGAUGGCGGAUGUAAAACGGCUGCAUGGCCUUUUAAAACGUCCAAGCACACGCUCCUCUUCAGAAACAGGUGAAAGUUCAGGUUUCACUUGUGGAAAGAGAAAAGCCGAUGCUCUUGAUCUCCAUGAAGUUUCUAGUCCUCAAAGACUGCUCCAGUUCAAUGAGUAUUUUGUUUCUUAACGUCCACUGUAUGUUCUACCGAUUACUCUAGGUCACCGCAAAGGCUUCAAGGAUCCCAUGGCCUGAUCUGGAUGCCAGAUCUAAGUAGAUGCAAUCUUCACAGCCUUUCCUGAAGGUUUUCCUCCCACGAAGAUCUGUUUGAUUAUAUUGCUCGUUGAAGCGUAGCCAGUACGUACUCUUGGUACCCCGAAUGCGUUGGUGACUGCUCUUCAGAUUGAUUAAUUUGCCGACAAGUUAGCAUGGAAAACUACGAAGGGGCUAUGAAGUGAGGUUUGUAAGACAAUUUUCAAACGUAAUUGUAGCUUGUAACCUGCGAUUGAUUCGUACUUAUCAAUCUUGUCCUACCUACAGUAGAGGAGACGUCAGUCAGCAGGAAGGCUUAGAGUGGGUGUUUCAAUCCGUGUAUGCAGUUACAAUGUGCUGCUUAGUAUUUCUUCUGCCAACAGUGCCUCAAUUUUCUGCCAUCGUUGUGACUUGCUGUUAAUUCCAGUUGGGUUCUGGAGGUAAAUCUUAGCUCUACUAGACUUCACAAGUUUGGAAAACUUAUGAACAAGUUGCCUCACCAUUGCAUGUGGGCAUACAUUGGGAGGUGACCUUCGACGUAAACAUACUUCAUUCCUGUCUUUAUGCAACAUUCAACAGUUCCAUUACUUUUUUUUUUA